UGUUCUCAGUCCUUCAUUCGCCAGUCAUUGCUGCCGCCAUGCAAGGGCCAAAGAGCCCAUAUAAUUGCGCCAGUCUUGGGGCACAAAGUCUGUCCUGUUCCGCUGGGCCAUGGCAGGCAAGAGGCAUGAUGAUACGCAGAGGUCCAUAGCUGACGCACAACUCGCUACGACGUCUCGCAAAUCAAAUGCUGCAAGGGCUUUAUUUACCACACGAGUGGCCUUUGCAACCUCAAGCAACUGCCAGCCAAAGGGAAUUCUUUCGGCUUCUCCUUUCCAGGUCGCUGAAAUCAUGGCACCAACCAACCGGGCGCAGAUGAAGGGAAGACACUUGACGUGGGCAAUUGCCUGCGAUAAGGAGCGUGCAGUGCAACUGGGCGAGCUUCCGCCGCUUCCCAAGCUUCCGCCCGUGGAUGCGAAGUACAGAUCAGAGUACUUCCCAAUCGGAGGCCGCAAUGCCACCAACAACAACUCCAGAUCAGCAGUAUCUGCCCUUGGGACAAGCUCUUGGGCCGGGUCAGGUGGUUUGAGGAGCACCUACAGGAGCACCAUUGGUGCGCCGACUGGGCCACUGGCGCUCGGGUUUGUGUCUGGCGGCAUCCCAGCGCAAAUGGCUGUGCUCAAGGAUGUGAAGGCCUUCUACAGCAUUCCAGAAACAGCCCCGCGAUUGACUUCAUACUCACGGACGCUUUCGGCUCCAGCUCUACAACCCUGAUUGGCUAGCUAGGAAGCUACAGCGGCCAUGUCCAAGACAUGGGUUUGUAUUGAGUUUCUGGUGUCGAGCUUUGCCAAAGGGACAGA